AUGAUGAGCGUUACACAGGCCUUGAAAACGUUUUCCGAUGCCCGUCCUCCUGGGAUAUACAAACCAGAUUACAUUGAUGCUCUAUACAGUUUCUAUCACGAAACUAAGCCUCAAAGUCUCGUUUGCCCAACAACUCCUGAAUGGAAAAGGUCUGAUGAUCUUAACCGCGAAGCCGUUGCUCUGUGUCGUCGUGCAGUGCAAGAAAACAAUCAGAAGGAGGAGAUGUCAAAUGAUGAUAUUUUAGAGGAUGAAAUACCCUAUAAUCAGGAGGGAGCAGCUGCAACUCUUGAGGCAGCGGUACUAUUACGCGACGUGGAAGGCAGACGGAACUCGGUACAUGAUGCUCUUGACUAG